AUGGAAAAUCAAACAAUUGUAGCGGAAUUCACGUUGCUGGGAAUAUCCCACCUUCCUAAGCUUGAACACCAACUCUUCCUCAUGUUUCUCCUUACUUAUUUAAUGACCGUGAGUGGGAAUCUUUUGAUCCUGGUCCUCAUCCUCACUGAUAACCAUCUUCACACCCCAAUGUACUUAUUUCUUGGACACCUGGCCGGCGUGGAUAUCUGCUAUUCCCAAGUCACUUGCCCACGAAUGCUCUUGGACUUCUACUCUGAGAAGAAGACCAUAUCCUAUAGAUCUUGCUUGACCCAAGCUUUUUUCUUCAUGUUUUUUGUUUGUUGUGAGUGUUUCUUGCUGGCUGUGAUGUCCUAUGACAGAUAUGCUGCUGUUUGUCAGCCUCUGCAAUAUAUACAAAUCAUGAGUUGGAAGAGAUGCAUUCAGCUCCUCAAUUUGAUAUGGACUUUAGGAUUCAAUUCCUCUUUAGUUCAUACACUAUUGACACUGAGGUUGACAUUUUGUGGUCCAAGCACCGUCCACAAUUUCUUUUGUGACCUUCCCCAGUUGUUGACCCUUUCAUGUACAGAUGCGUCCCUCAACAUGCUCCUACUGUUUGUGUUGGGAGGGAUAUUAUCAUUCAUUACUUUCUUCAUAACGUUCUUGCCAUAUGUUUAUAUUUUCUACACGGUCCACAGGAUAAGGUCAAAAAACCCAACACUCAAAGCCUUCUCCACCUGUACGUCCCACCUCACAGUGGUUUGUAUUUUCUAUGGAACCCUGUGCUUUGCCUACUUGCGCCCGCACUCAAGCUAUUUAGAUAAAGACAUUUUUAUUGCUGUUGUGUAUGCGGUGAUUUCCCCUUUAUUAAAUCCUAUAAUCUACAGUCUGAGAAAUGGGGAGAUUAAACACGCAUUAGGAAGGGACAGUAAUGAUAUUCUGGCUGUACCCUCGUGUCCCCGGGAACUGGUAAUUAAACCAGUAGAAGAACAAGUGGUUUCAGAACCUACUGUUCAAGAACAUCUCACUCGGGAGAUAAAUGCUUCAACAAAGCACAAACUGAGUAAAGUCCUUCUCAGGGAGACAUUAAUAAUUGCACAUAAUAAGGCCGAAGAAGAAGCGAGAAAAGAAAUACUGAAGCGCAAACUAGAAAAUGUGCAACUAAGGGAAAAGGCAAGAAUUCAAGAGAAGGAAACGCAGAUGGAAGUACAGAGACAAACCGAAAAGAGAAUGAAGGAAAAAGAACUAUGGGUGUCUCUAGCGAAUGCAACUCAGGAAGAAGAUAAGAAGGAACUCAUGAAGCGCAAAGUGAGAAAUAUAAUGCUUCUUGAGAAAUUAAAAGCUGAAGAUAGAGAGACUGAAGUGCAAGUCCAGAGACAGAGAGAAGAGAGACAGAGAGAGAUAGAACGAUGGAAAGCUCUGGAGAAAGAAGCACAGGAGGAAAACAACCGAGAGAUUAGGAAACGAAAAGAACGGAACCUGCUUCUUAAUAAAAAUAUGGAAAUGGAAAAAGAACAGAAGCUGAAGAACAUAGAACAGCAAAGAAGAAUGAAAGAACUGGAGCUAGAAGCUCAGAAGAAGGACGAUGCUGCAAUGAGAGAAGAAAUAGCAAUGCAGCAACCUAAAGAGAUGGAAAUAAUAAGAUCUACAGAGGAAGAAGCCCAGAAGCUUUCAGUCCGUCCUCCCUCCCACUCUCCAUCUGUCCACCCUCCCUCUGAGUCCUACCUCUCCAGCUCCCCCCAGUCUUCUGUCCAUCUAGUCCUCUUUCUGUAA